GCAAUUUAUAGGAAUUCUGAAACAAACAUCUAUCUCAUCACAACCUUACAAAUUCAUCAACUAUUAUGAUCGCUGCACACUUCAAUAUUUAUGAAUAUGUAACACUUAAAUUUAAAUAUGAAUAUAUGAAUAUAUGAGUAGUAAUAUAUACGUGUACGUGCUAAGAGUUUAUUUUAAUGUAUUGAAUUAUAAUAUCGUAGUAAACACAUAAUGCAGUUGAUAUUUUACUAAAACGAGGAGGGUGAGGUGGAAAAUAUUUUUAAUCCUUCACGUUUUAAAAAUUAAUGUUUAGUUGUGAUUAAGGUUAAAUUUAUGCACAAAACAUUUGUUUUUAUUGUGCUUCAUAGUGUCUUAACUUGCACCUGUUUCUGUGAAACAGCAGUUUACCAGUCUGCUUCAGACGCCAUUGUACGAUGUUAAUUCCUUUGUAGUCAUUAAGCGUAUGUUUUAAUGUUUUAGCCAUUUGGAAUAAUUUUAGCAACAGUACUUCAUAAUGCUUUGCCAUUAACGACCCUAAGUCAAUGGUGUUGGUUAAAGUUGGUGUAUACGUGCUUUUUGGGUGUGGCACCUUGAAAACUAGAUUUUCAAAUUGAAUUGAUAAUUCUCUACCAUUACAUUAGUUACGAGCUUUUCUACGAGAUAUCGCACGCAAAAUCGGCCCACGACAAGCAAUCAAUUAAUUAAUUUCAACUUUUGAAUUAAGAGCGGGACGCUCCUAAUUCGUUCUGAGCAGUGUGCGCAAUUUCUGGACUGGAGUGCGCCAUUUAAAACCAGUUUUCAAAACUGUAUAAAGGCCUGCAAAAACAAACAAGCAAGUUUAUGUGUUACAUACAGGACAUUACAUUCCUUUAAGUUUCGUUCGGAAAAGAAAAUCAAAAUUUUGAAAAAGCCCGUAUAUACCAACUUUAAGAGACCAAGUCAAAUUAAAUAUAUGUCAGUUUUACAACGUGCUGCACAUAAAUAACUUAAUUCCUGAAUAAAUCAUUACGGUCACUUUAAGUUCAGGCAGGUAGAAAAAUGUAUUUUCCACGUAUAAUGCGGGCGCUUUGCACGGUUCAUCGAAAGUGAGGCUGUACUUGCAAGAAUCAGACUAUUCGGAUCCGUAAAUGGGUUCUUACGUAACGACUAGUUUUGGUGCGCAGUAUAUGUCUUUCUAUCGUAAUUGUCAAGUGAAGCCAAUUUUUUUCAGUGUCCACAACAAGGGUGGUAAAUCUCUUUGCGGAUUUCCUGUUGAUUUUUUUUUAUCAAAAAAGUUCAGUGUUACUAUUUUAUGCAUGGAUUUCUGGUGAGCCCUUAUAUUAACGCGCACGUGUAAUCGCGUUGACGCUAUCUCAAGUGUGAAAUAAUUCCUCUUAUUUUGAAGUCUUCAUCUUUGGUUCUUUGGGGUAGAUGUGAACUCGGUCGCAGCGAAUAGGUACCCUUUUAGGUACAUGUACCCUUUUUUCCCCCGCUUUCUGUACGGGCGAUUGUAAAUCCGCACGUACGUUGCGAAUAUAUCCUUUGUGUGGACCCAUGGAUUACUGAAGUUCACACGCAAUGUCAACCCUUCCUUGUACAUGUACAUGCCCAGGGCCAGGGGCGUAUCGAACUUUGAAUCAAGGGGUUAGCUGUAAAGGGUGAAGGGAGUGUUAUAGCAGACACGCUAUAUUUUGUGCAUGAGCCGAUGAACGCCGACCCCCACCCCUGUAGAUCCGCCAGUGUAUAAGGAUUAUUUAUGUUUACUGGUUGAUUUUGUUGUACUUCGUCGUACGUUCGGAUCUUGUGUUUUAUUCCAUACCGUAUAAUGUACGUAUUCGGUAUCUAUAUUCAUGCAUACAAAUAUUUUGUGCACAUACCGCCAGAUCAGUGAAAAAUAAUUAGCUCACUAAUAAUAGACCUUCAUAGUCGAAUCUCAAGCAUCCAAAGCGAGGCUCUCAGUGCUAAGUCACUGUAGGCCAUUGAUGAGGUUUGUUUAAUCCUCCCCACAAAAGAGAGCACCAUUGCCCUCACUUUGGAGGUUAACUUGAAAUUCAAGUUCUGAGCGAAAGCCUUGGUAUGGAACUAUCACCUUUUUUAUAGCUACUAGUAAAUACAUGGCGGCCUUCAUGAAAGCAUGAAGCUAUAAAGCCCGCGCUGCCUCAAGGCAUAUACCCACAUCAUAACAACACUAUAGCUCAGUGUUACUAGUAGUACUAAGUAGUAGUGCUGAUAGCUUGAAAAUGUCAAGGUGAAAAGCAUUUCACACGUACAUCCGCUUCGCAAUGUUGCCUUUAUUACGGUAAUUUUGACAUUUUGAGGCCAAGAUCGAACAAAGAGAACAUAUCGUGAAGUGAAUUGAAUGCAGUGUAUAAUGUGUGAAGAGAACUUGCAUCUGUGAAUGCAAAGUCGCAUGCAUGUUUGUGGCUAUACUCGUGUUUUGUCAGCCCUGUUCACGAUGCGCAAGAGCGAGCAAAACUCAUGAUGUCAUAGACAAUGAAGUGCAAAUUUAUUUGGGACUAUAAACUUUGAAACUCAUCUGAUGGCUAUCACACAGUAACCUUUGGUCUUUGUGUAAAUACAGUAUAGACAGUUACUGUAAACUCGUCUGUGAAUUAUCCAUUUGGAAAUGGUUGUAAUGUUUGUUCAAAUAACCAAAAAGAUAACCGCAACACUCAUAUCUUUGUAAUAAAAUAGAUGCUUUUAUGUAUUGUUGGAUGAUUUCAAAUUGAGUACAACCCACAGUGCCGCGAAUUCUUUCUGUUGGUGCGAUCAAAUACCAUGUUUAUUCAUGAGGUCGAUUUAUUGUUGCUUUAAGCCAGUGCUUUGAGAAACGGGACAAAGAAAGGAAAAAGUAUGUGAAAUAAAAUCUGAGCGGGUUAAAUGACCGCGACAGGUUCUGUACGUUGACCCUGCGAUUUGCUGGAGGGGUGCAAUAAACCCUAUUAUAACACCCACAGAACUAAAGCUAGGAAUACAGACAGUAUUUCGCAUACGGGCUGGUGUAGGCGUCAAUCGUCAUACGUUGUCUGAGCUAGCUUGCUGUGGUCGACUUUUGUCGAUCUUCCGUACGGUGAAACAAGUGUCAACUUGAAGUCGAACACAAUUUGUGUCGCCAUGGAUGUGAUAUCUCUCAUAUUUUGUUUUCUCGCGGUGCCGAUUCUGGUCUACAUCGCGGUGAACCUCACCGUACCGGACAGCGCGCCGCUGUACGGUAUCUACGCCGUGCCCGGCAGGUGGUUCUCGCUCAAGUAUCACGCCGUGAAAUUGAUGCUGACGUUAGCGCGGCGCCGUGCCCCUCACGCGGGGAAAAGAUCGGUUGACCCGGACGAGAUGAGAAAAGGAGAAGAAAAACUAUCUCAACUUGACGUCUACAUGGGGAUAGGUGACGAUCCGUAUGGUCACAACUCGUUCUACGUGAACGGUUCGGACCAGACGGGUGCAACACGCCUGAUCGCACGGGUGGCUAUCAGGCCGGACGGCCGCCGUGAUGUGUGGUUCCUCCUCCGUCUACCGGGCCUGGGGGAUCUGGUGCUCCCUCGACACCCCCACUGCGUGGUGGACGGUGUUUUGGGGCAAGGGUUCAGCGGGGGAGGGCUUGACAUCACGGUCAUUGAACCCUUGAAGAAAUGGAGGGUCGUCUACAAAGGAACUUGCCGGCUUGGAAUCAGACGCGACUGGGAAGAGAAUGACAGCAGGCCGGAUGUUAAUGUUCACUGCGUAUUCACAUGGUCAGCGGUAACAUCCUACUAUGAUUUCACUACGGACAUUCAUCCGCGAUUAGCAGCCUACAACCUCGCCAAGGAAAAAUGGACGGGGGAACUCCUCCAAAAACUCAAAUCUAUGAGGCAGCUUCACUUUGAGCAGUUUGGAACGCUAGAGGGCGUGGUACGGAUCGGUGAAGAGGAGGAGCGAAAGCUGAUCUUGACGGGGGUCAAAGACCGGUCACAAGGUCCUCGACGGUGGGCGGACAUGCACAGUUACGUCUUGAAUUUCAUCGUUCUCGACAACGGGAUAUGUCUGCACGUGGGAGCGUUUUGCUUUCCCGGCGUCGCUUCAAAUUUGAUGUCUGGCUUUGUGAUGCAGCCGACGGGAGAGGUUAUCCCAGCCGUGUCUGUCGAUCUCCCAUUGGCUGAUUUGAUGGAAAAGACGGAAGAUCCACCAAUGAGAUUCGCUUUGAGCAUGCAACCAGAAGUUGGAGAGAAACUUAAUAUGGAGGUUCAAAUCGAUGACGUCAUGUAUUUCAACAUGGACAGCGACUGGAGCGUGAAAAUACGGGAAGGAUUGAGUCGAUUUACGGUCAACGGAGUUCAGGGGCGGGGUGUUUGUGAAGUCUUAAAGAGAUACCAUGGAGGCUGUCCUGUUCCUGAGUAAACGCCGACUUGACCAGAAGGAUAAAUAUUCACUUCUUUUAUCUGUAGGGCUAAGGAAUGUUGUAGACUAAUUUAGUGCAUUUAAGGUAAAUGAAAUGUCGUAUUGAUACCAAAAACCUGAUGUAUGUAUAUUAUUUGAUAAAAUAAACAAAUUGCAGAGGUAGAAUUAGAAUAAUCAUGGGCACUAGUUAAACAUUACCUGGAUGGCCAAAAUCAAUUUUUAUGUGGAAUGAAUUUGCCUGAAAAAAAAAA